ACAUCAAAAACAUCAUCCCAGCAACAAAAACAACAGCUAUCGUUAGCAACAUGUGGCUAAGGAAAGCUUGGCCGCCAGAUGUGGACAUGUGCAACAGAUGGCGCGUUCACGAUCACCAGCUUGCCCAUACAGCCCACAGAGGGAGCCACCAGGAGAAUUUAUACAAUCGUGCCACAGGCACGGGACACAGACAGCGACAGCGACAGCGCCAGCGACAGCGACACGGGAAAACCUCAGGUGGAAACGACAGACGAGACGCGUCAAUUGUCAUAAUGUGCGUACAAUAAAACGGGGGGGAAAAACGGAGGAACGCAACGUGGAUGCACUGCCCUGGAAUGGCCCAUCUGUGUAAUGUGUAAUCUGCGAUCGAAAGCGAAGGAAAACUGCAGGCACAGUUGACUGCCGUGCAAUCCGCAUCCUGCUCAUCCUCCCACCCAGUGAAAAUAUCUUUUGUACCUGUUGUUGGUCCUCGGCUGUCGCCAAAGCCUGAAGGCAGAUACUUCUUCCGCUAAGCUACCUGAAACCAAUUUAUAGGGAAACGUAAUUAUAUAAAAAUAUAUACCACAUAAAUAUAUAUAUAUAUAUAUACAAGAAGAUUGUGCCGUUUUGACAAACCGUCCACUUAUACAACAAUAACAAGGAAAACAAGUAGGGAACCCCCCUAUACAUAUGCAGGAUAAUAUACCUAUGUGUGGAUACAAUACAUGUUAAAUAUGCCCCAAGUCUGCCACAAAAGCAACAGCAACAACAACAGCAACAGCUACGCGAAUAAGUGGAACCUAAAGAAUAAUUAACGAGAAUUUACCUGACACCAGACAAGAGGGGAAGCCACCAAAGCAUUCGCCUAAAGGAACACACUGGGGAGACACCAGCCACCAUACGCCAUCCGCCAUCAUCAUUAUCCUAAUAAUCGGAGGAGCGACAAGAGGAUAGGAUAGGAAAACCGUUGCCAUGGGUCGCAAAAAAAUCCAGAUAUCACGCAUCACCGAUGAACGCAAUCGGCAGGUGACCUUCAACAAGCGGAAGUUCGGCGUCAUGAAGAAGGCCUACGAGCUGUCGGUGCUCUGCGACUGCGAGAUAGCGCUGAUCAUCUUCUCGUCCAGCAACAAGCUCUACCAAUACGCCAGCACGGACAUGGACAGGGUGCUCCUCAAGUACACGGAAUACAACGAGCCGCACGAGUCGCUGACCAACAAGAACAUCAUUGAGAAGGAGAACAAGAACGGCGUCAUGUCCCCGGACUCGCCCGAGGCCGAGACAGACUACACGCUAACACCACGAACGGAGGCCAAGUACAACAAGAUCGACGAGGAGUUCCAGAACAUGAUGCAGCGCAACCAGAUGGCCAUCGGAGUGACCGGGGCGCCGCGGCAGCUCCCGAACAGCAGCUACACGUUGCCCGUGUCGGUGCCAGUGCCGGGCUCCUACGGUGAGAACCUGCUGCAGGCCAGCCCACAAAUGUCCCACACCAACAUCAGCCCCCGUCCAUCCAGCUCGGAGACGGAUUCAGGUGGGAUGUCCUUGAUAAUAUAUCCAUCGGGUUCGAUGCUGGAGAUGUCGAACGGCUAUCCGCAUUCCCAUUCGCCGCUUGUGGGAUCGCCCAGUCCAGGCCCCAGUCCUGGCAUAGCCCAUCACUUGCCCAUCAAACAGCAGUCGCCGGGCAGCCAGAACGGACGGGCUGCCAACCUGCGGGUAGUCAUACCGCCCACCAUAGCCACCAUACCGCCCAACAUGUCUGCGCCCGAGGAUGUGGCCUAUACAGAUAUCCCUCCGUGCUCUCCUUUCCAGCAACGACAGAGCCAAACAUCACUAAACACGCCCGUGGUGACGCUGCAGACUCCGAUACCCGCCCUCACGAGCUACUCCUUCGGGGCGCAGGACUUCUCUUCCUCCGGCGUCAUCGGCAGUGCGGAUAUCAUGAGCCUGCCCACAUGGCACCAGGGUCUGGUGCAGCACUCUAGUCUCUCGCACUUGGCAGUCUCGAAUAGCACACCGCCGCCCGCCACCUCACCCGUCUCCAUUAAGGUCAAGGCCGAGCCGCAGUCGCCGCCGCGUGAUCUCUCCGCCAGCGGCCAUCAGCAGAACAGCAACGGAUCGACGGGCAGCGGCGGCUCCAGCAGCAGCACGAGCAGCAACGCCUCGGCCGGCGGCGGGGGAGCAGGCUCCUCUGCCGCCAAUGCCGGCAAUGUCAUCACGCACUUGAACAACGCCAGUAUCCUGGGAGGCGGUGGUCCCCCAGGGGGAGGCGGUGGCGGUAGCAACGGGAACGCCGAGCAGGCCACCAAUCUGAGCGUCCUGGGCCACUCGCAGCAGCACCUGGUCAUGCCCAACUCGAGGCCGUCGUCGACCGGUCACCUAACGCCCACACCAGGGCAUGAUAAGUAUGAAGGAUAUCAGUACCGCCUGCUAAUGGGCCACAAUCCUAGAUGGAAUUCUGCCGACUUUAUCAUCUUAAACGCAGGUGCGCCCAGCAGCGAGCAGGAUGUGCGUCUGGCCGCCGUCGCAGUGCAGCAGCAGCAGCAGCACCAACAGCAACAGCAACAACAGCACCAGCAACACCAGCAACAACAGCAGCAGCUGGGGGACUACGAUGCACCCAACCACAAACGUCCCAGAAUAUCGGGUGGAUGGGGUACAUAGCCGGCACGUGCAGGCGAUAGCAGCAGCCACUACAAGCAGCAACACAACAGCAACGGAACCGGCGGCGGCGGCGGCGGCGGAGGAAGCCACAAGAAGCAAGAGGUCCACCCCAACAUCAGCGACAUCGACGAUCUGGCCAUGAUGCCGCCGCCGCCGCGUAAGGACGUGGAUACCGUCCGUAGUUCGUACAGCAUGGCUGGUUCUGGCUAUGACUGCUAUGGCCAACAGCAGCUGGCGGUGGCCUAUGGAACGCAGCAACACCAAUAGCAGGAGGAGGGGAAGGAGAAGGAGCAGCAGCAGCAGCAACAAUAGUUGCAACAACAGUGCAAUAGUUCAGAGAAAAGUCAACUGGAAAUUGUGGAAGAGAUAGGAGCUUUGUUUUGUUUUCGGUUUAAGCGAACAGUGACAGUGUCAUAUCUAUAAUUAUUGUAAGUUAAAUACACCCACACACACACACACACACACACACACACCUACGGUAAUAGUUAUAAUUUUAAAUUAUAAAUGUGAAAUUAGGGCUCGUUCCCAAUGCCAAUCCGUAUCCCAUGGUGGAAUGGAUUUAUGAUGUUGGUUGGAGCCCAGCGUAGGCCCAGAGCCUCGGAAAUAAGUUGUUUGGAGUGUUGGAGCUGAUUUAGUUUAGUUACAAUUACAACUACAGUUACAGCUAUGGUUAAAGUUAAUGUUAAAUCUAAUCUUAGGACAAAUGCUGCAUACAAAAAACAAAGCGAAAGCGAGAUGAGACGAGAAGCGGAGGAAAUAUUUGCUGUAAAUACUUGAUUUAGCAUAAGUUUUAAACAUAGUUUGUAAACCCAUUACAAGAUACGUAAGCAUGCAAGUCGCACUAUCAGAUUAAUUAUUGAGAAUGGAUACACACACACACCCACAAAAAACCAUAGACACAGAAAGAGAUGUACUCAAUGUUCAAUUAUACUUGGAAUUUCGUGCAAUUUAUCAAAUAUGUUCUUUUGAUUAUUUUGUUUUAUUAUCAGUUCUGUUCGUGUAAGCGGAGUGUUCGUUCUUCUAGAGAUUUGAUUGAUUUUGAAAAAGGAUAAUACACAUACAUACAUAAAACAUAGAUUUAAACACUUGAUGAUUAUGUUUUAGUUUUGAUUUAAGCUUGAUCUAUUUGCUAGACCUCUUUUUCUCUUCAUCUCUUAAGCAAAA